CCCAACCCUGAGGUCCAGAACGGGGGUCUUGAGGGAUAGACGUCCCUGAGAAGAGCUAUCCCUGCCCUGGGCCCACCUCGGUCCCCACGCUCCCCCCAAGCCCAGAACUGGCAGCGAUGGCAGCUGAGGAGGAUGGGGAGCAUUGCCUCCCCGGGCACCCCCCAGAGAGCGUGGCACCCAGGAGUCCUCGCCGUGGAGCGGCUGCCUUCUCCUAUGCGGCCCUGGGGCUGGGGGGGCUCCUGGCUGUGGCUGUGGCCAUUCUGCUCGCCUGUCUGUGUCGGCUCCAUCGGAGAGUGAGGAAGCUGGAGAGGAGCUGGCCUGUUGCCCGGCCAGGCCCAGGCCCAGCUCCCCGAGCAGGAGGACCUCCACUACGCGUCUCUGCAGCGGCUGCCCUGCAGCCAGGAAAGGGGAGCCCCCCCGCAGGACCCCGCCACCGACUACACCUUCAUUGCUGACCAGAAGGCCGCCUGAGCACCCCCCGCCGCGCACCCUGUGCUCCCCCAGGAAGCACCUUGGUCUCAAGCUUCCUGUGUCAGCAGCUCCGUCCACCUCACGCCCCUCAGCACCGCCACCACCAAACCUGCGUGACUUCCCUUCCCACCCUCGGGGCUCAAGUAGGGUGUCAAGGGACCAGGCUCCCUGAGGCUUGAAAAGAACGCAGUAGUCCCUCCUUUAUCCACGGUUUGGCUUUGACACAGUGGAAACACUGGUCCGGUUACCCACAGUCAGAAAAUAGUAAAUGGAACAUUCCAGAAAUAAAUAUCUCCUGAGUUUGAAGUCGCGCACCAUCCUGAGCAGUGUGA